AUAUUGAGCCAGAAGAGUACAACUGCAGAUUCUGGGAGAUGCGCUCGAAGUACUCCGGUAUUGAGCCGCCGGUGGUGCGCUCCGAGCUCGACUUUGACCCUCCAGCAAAGUACCAUGUGUCUGCGGACGUGGAAUACCUACGGUACUUCGUGUCGUACAUUAUUCAAUUCCAGUUCCACCGUGCAGCUUGUGAAAAGGCCGGCGAAUACGUGAAGGGCGAUCCGGAAAAAACGUUGAACGAUUGUGACAUCUACCAGAGCGCGGAAGCUGGCAACGCCAUCAAAGCGAUGCUGGCAAUGGGAUCAUCGAAACCGUGGCCAGAAGCGAUGGAGGUCCUUACGGGAGAGCGGCGUAUGAGUGCCGACGCCCUGAUUGAAUACUUCCAACCUCUCUACGACUGGUUGGUGGUUGAAAACGAACGUCUGGGAGUAUACAUUGGCUGGGAACCAACCGACAGUACGUUGAGUAGGCAUUGGGAGCCAAACCGAACGGUUGUGUUUUAA